AUGUCAAAUUCGUGUUCAGCGUUGAAAACUGUAUCUAGUAAUCUAUUCAAAUCUGUUGAGCUCCAAAAAAAUAUUUUUUCGAAACUUGAUCACCGAAGUGUCACGUUACGUGGACAAGCCGAGCAACAUUGUAUUUUAGCUAAUGAAUCUGCAUCAAAAAUUCAAGCUGCAUUUCGUCAUCAUCAAGCUCAACUUAAAUUAAAAAAUCAAGUAGCAUGGCAAAUACAUGAAAAACUUGAAUAUUCUAGUGAACAAACUG